AUGACAGCCAAUAAUAAGUGGGAGGAGACGUCCACUAUAAAAUAUAGUACAAGAAGUAGAAAAGGCCACUAUCCCAAUAUUAUUCCAGAAACUAAUAAAUCCUCACCCUUGGAACUUUUCAAGAAAAAACCUAAACUACAGUUAUCUGGAAAUGCGAUUUUGGAAAGUAACAAAGAAACAGAGGGUGCAGUGAAAGAAGGAAAUGGCAAUGAUAGCAUGUUGAAGAUAAAUCAAAAUAUCCAAGAUAAUAAAGAUGAAACUACUAUUAAAGAAGAAAAGUUAUCUCCAAGUCCAUCUAAGAGAAGGCACAUCAAAAUAGAAUAUGAUAAUACUGAUCCUCCAAAUAGAUGGAGUGAAAUUUUAGGGAAUUUGAGGGAAAUGAGAAAAAAUUCUGAUGCACCUGUUGAUACAAUGGGAUGUGAUAAAUGUCAUGAUGAAGGUGUUGCUCCAAAUGUCAUUAGAUAUCAACUACUACUAUCACUCAUGUUGAGCAGUCAAACUAGGGACCAAGUCACACAUGCUGCAAUGCAAAGGCUGAGGGAUCAUGGAUGUAAUGUUGAAAACAUUCUUGCCACAUCUGAUCAAAAAUUAGGUGAACUUAUAUAUCCAGUUGGAUUUUGGAAGAGCAAAGUCAAAUACAUAAAGAAGUCCACUCAGAUUCUCAUAGAAGAGUAUGAGAGUGACAUACCAGAUACAGUUGAAAAAUUAUGUAAAUUGCCAGGAGUUGGCCCAAAAAUGGCCCAUCUUUGUAUGAAAACAGCAUGGGGACAAGUUACUGGCAUAGGUGUUGAUACACAUGUUCAUAGGAUAUCAAACCGUUUAGGUUGGGCAAACACAAAAUCUCCUGAGGAAACUAGAAAAGCCUUGGAGAGCUGGCUACCUCAUGAGCUGUGGAGUGAGGUCAAUCAUCUCUUAGUAGGAUUUGGUCAGCAGAUAUGUCAACCAUUGAGACCUCAAUGUGCUACAUGUUUGAAUCAUGAAAUUUGUCCAUAUGGAGUGAAAUACAUCAAUGGAGAGUUGAAAGGAACCAAAUUCAAGAAAGGAAAAUGA